UUCUAACAGCCGUUCCCAUAUGGUCUAGCGGUUAGGAUUCCUGGUUUUCACCCAGGCGGCCCGGGUUCGACUCCCGGUAUGGGAAUUACAGUUUUGUGACCUUAAUUGCAAUUCUUUUAAAACUAAAAUAUAUGAUACUCCCAAGCCAGCCGGGCGUCACGGCGAUGGGCGUGGGAGCUCUCAAAGAGUUUCGCGGGCCGAGCCACGGCUAAAGACGGGCAAACAAGCUUUGAGCAGCAAAACAAUAUUGGGACCGAGAGCUGGAAACGCUGCCUCAUUUCCAUCCCGUGUGAAGCUUGGAGACGAUCCCUUAUCGUGGCAUUGGCCGAUAUUAUGGAAAAAUGUGAUUCACCCUGCGCCAAUGGAAAGGGUGAACGUCUAGCUAGGAAACCCCCAAACAUUCAGGAGUUCAGGUGGAGCAUGCGAUCGUGUGUGGAGUCAGGCAAAUGGUGAGAGGACUGCCCUUCAUUCAUCAGCAAAGGGUUGUUCUCAGGUGUGGUUUCUUUACGUUUGACUGGAAUUUUAUUUGCGUGCAUAAACAGAUACAUGGAUACAAGGAGCGGCAUGGAACUCUCUGCUUCCUGAGCUGUUGUUAGAAGAACAGAGAAACUGGCAGCUAUCCACUGAUCCAUUACAUGAUGUGCCAAGAACCGUCGUUUUCCAUAAGGUUAUAAGUUCACCUUCAAGACCAAAGAAAGUUCCCUGUGUGGCACACAUGCAGCUUUGAUUCAAAGUUUAUCAUCUUGACGCAUCUUCUUUUCAACAAGCUCAUCAAGGCUGACGAGACAGAUAUAUUUCUUCAUUCUAACUACCUCUUGAAGCUCCGGAUUGCCAUCACUCCUUCGAAUUCAUAGGGAGCCUUUAUUGCCUGGUUCAGGAGAGGUCUUGGAAUCCUUUCUCUGCAAAACAUGGCUGCUGUAGUCCAGCACACUGAGUUUGUGUUUGAGUUUGCAAGCAAUGGAAUGGAGGAUAUGCAGCAGCUUGAAGAUCCUCUGCCAUUUCCUGCCGUUAUAGUGGAACAAGUGCCAAACACAGACUUGUUCUAUUCAAGCCUGGAUUGUGAUGAUGUUUCUACUGGAAUGAUGGACGACACCUCUCUAGAUGUUGUAGAGGAACAAAUAAUAGAGGAUAACAUUGGCCUUUCUGUGGUAACUUCCUGCCAGAAUGAAGAUGAAACAAUGGAGACCAUCGAGGCUGCUGAAGCUCUUCUUAACAUGGAAUCCCCAAAUGCCAUUUUGGAUGAAAAGCGAAUGUUUCAUGGAUAUACACACUCUUUGGAUGAAGUAAUCACAGAAUCCGUUCAGCAAGGCACUGUCUCAUUGGAUAAAAUCCCUGGUGUCAUCAAAAGAUAUUCAUCUCAGAUGGCAGCUGAUGAAGAUGACUCUGCAUAUGAGUCUCCUCGAAAAAACGCACUUAAACAAAGGAAAAAGAAAGGUCGGAAGAUAAAACCUUCUCGCCCAUCUUCGCCUGUCACAGCUCCACACCUUCCAAUUAAAAAGAAAAAUAAGGAUGGAAAAGGGAACACGAUUUAUCUCUGGGAGUUCCUGCUGGCUCUCUUGCAAGAUAAAAACACUUGUCCAAAGUAUAUCAAGUGGACGCAGAGAGAAAAGGGUAUUUUUAAGCUUGUGGACUCGAAGGCAGUGUCAAAAUUAUGGGGAAAGCACAAAAAUAAACCAGAUAUGAAUUAUGAAACAAUGGGCAGAGCCCUGAGAUAUUACUACCAGAGAGGGAUCUUGGCCAAAGUGGAAGGUCAACGGCUGGUGUAUCAGUUCAAAGAGAUGCCCAAGGAUCUGGUGGUCAUUGACGAUGACUCGACUGAGUAUGUCACACCUAACAUGAUGACCUCAUCAGAUUAUUCAUUGCCGACGAAGAGGAAAAAUGCCACCCAUGGAAUCCUCCAGUUGCAGAAUGUAGGCAAGGUGGCAACUGUGCCACAGUCAGUGCUGGUGCAGCACAUUAAGCAAGAGCACACAGAGUCGCUGACUCAGCCCACUCAGAAAAGAGGAGAGCAACAGGGCCACAUCUUAACAACCAUGCAGGGGCCACAGAGCAAUCAAGUCCUUCAGCAAGGACUGCCAGAUGUGACCAGAGCUUCUGUAACUAUGUCUUCAGCUGCACAGACGAUCAGGACAAUAAGCGUCCCAAGCCACGUUCCUAUGAUGAUGACUUCUGGUGCACAUGCUGUUGGAACUUUGAUGUUGCAGACUAUACCACUUACUUCCAUGCUGUCUGGAACAGACCGCUGUCCUUCCAAAAUUAUUUUACGUGCCAUUCCUUGUUCAGAAGGAUCUAAGGAAACUGUCACAAUCCAGGCCACUUUGUCUCCCACAAUAAAUGGAUUUGGCUUCACUGAGGCCCAGCAGGCCCAGCUCAUUGCCUCCAGUCUUUCAUUAUCUGAUAGUGGAUUUCAGACAGUCAUAAAUAAUUGUGUACAACCUUCCCUUGAUGGCAUCACACAACUGGUGACCCUCAACAGCGUUGGUCAGCCUGUGGUUGCACACCGUCCGGGGAGUGUAAUUGCCACGGUGCUUAAACCACCCGAACAUAUUCUGGACACUUCUGAAUUUCAAGGCGUGGUCUCGAGUGCACAUGACCCCAUUCCCAGAGUCAGAAUGGUGGUGGAGCCUGGUCCCCUAGUGGACGACGAGCCCAACUAUCAGCAUCUCAACACUGUGCUGCUGAGCAAUCCCAAUGGUAUCGCGACGUCUGUCAUAAAGAUGGAAGGAAUGGACAGACACUUUGAAACUAUGGUUCAAGGCUCUGAGAACCUCAACAGUUCAUUGUCACAGAGCCUGAAUUGUGCUCUCACUCCUGUGGUGAAACUGGAAGCCAAUGAAGAGUGCUCAGUAUCAACCCUGCACCCAGACCACAAACAUGAUCAAGAUAACACUCUCCUGGAUACGGAUCUCCACGAUACCAUGCCAUUUCUAAAACUGGAUCAUUCCCAGACAUUUGCACAUGCAGAAAGCUUGCUUUACUACCCUAGUAAUGUGACUUCUUGUCUAAGUGCCAUAUCCACUCCUGUAAUGGUUAAAACAGAGCCGACAGAUCUGUAAAUAAUGUAGAAAGCAAUAUCUACUGUAUCUCUCACAUGUUGGACUGGCGUUUGCCCAAUCUAAUCGUGAAGGAUUGUAAAUAAGCAGUUAUUGAUUCAGAAUAUUUAAUACUGUGUCCAGGCCGUCAUUGUCAGUUACAAUUUGAAAGAAUGUCAUUUUAGAUCUAAGCAUCAAUACCAGAGAAGUAAUCAAGGGACCUAAAUGGUGCAAUGAUUUUCUAGUCGUAAGUUUUGAUGCAAGUUUGAAACUUCACUUACACUUUUCUCCCUUUGUCCAUCUUUAUUGUUCUUUGACUGUCUAAUUAAAAUUAUUUAGAUGUGCCUUGAACUCGAGUUCCGAGGCUCUUCUUAAUAAUUACCAUCUCGGUCAAUGCUCAGCAGAUAUUUCAGUGAGGGUUAGAUUAAGUAACCAAUUAAACAUGGGUAGUCACCUUUAAACCUUACUGAACAUUGGCAUCGGUGACCAGUUGUCCCUCAUGGUUUGGUUCCAAAACCAACAUGAAUGAAAGUUGCACAAAAAGAAAAUGCUGCAGAUGGAGAUCUGAAUUAAAAACAGGGCUGGAAAUACACAAUGGAUCAGGUAGCAUCUGUGAAGUGAGAAACAUUGAUCUUCAUUGAUCUGAAUCAUGAGCUUGGUUUCUCCCUCAAAAGAUGCUGAUGGAAUGAAAGCGAAUUGUGCUGCAGUUUUAAGGAUCCGUGUCAAGAGGCAUAAAUCCAAUUCAGCUUUCUCUGCUAUACCAUAUUUUUCAAUCAUGUGAUGUACCUGGAAAUAAACAAUUCACUCUCCAAAACAUUCCCACAGUUAGGUACACUCUCUUGAAAGUGGUGAAUUAAGUUAAAUUGCUUGAUGGUACAGCUUUUUUAAUAUCUUCCUCCCCCAACAUAUCUUGCAAAAACAGUGAACAUUGUCCAUCUUCAGUGAGCAUACAACUUAGCUUGUACCAGCCUAAGCACAAUUAUGUCUCCUUUGCUCAAACAUAGCCUAUUUAUGUUUUUUGUAAACCUUGUUUUGGAAUUAUGUUUUCUUAUCAGAAAUUUGACAUUUAGGAAAUAAUAUUGAAUGUAAUUUUAGCUUACCAUGAAGAUGGGAUGACAAACCACAAGAUGAAUAUUUUAUAUCAAAUUGUUAAUUCCUUGUAGAAUAAUUGCAGAAUAUUAUAUUUUCAUAUGUGAUAUGAAAAGAAUUCUUCAGGAAAAAAAUGUGAACUUGGGAUAUUUUGUAAGAGGUUUUUGUAAAUAUUUAUCUUUGAUAAUUCAAAAUGUAUACAUUUUCUAAUGCUACACAAUUUCCUCUUGGGCUUUGUUUUUGACCAGCUUCCUAUCAGUUUAUCAUUGGAAGCUUAUGUGGAUGCUUCAUCGGAUGCAGAGGUCUAUAUUGAUACUGCACCAUCUCAAGAAAAAAAAAACAUGGGAGAGUGAGAUUUCAUUGACAAAAAUAAAAACAGUUUAUUUUACAAA